AUGUCGGGGGCCCACCUCAGGCUCUUGGUCUGUGCCCUGGGCAGCGUGUGCAGCGUGUGCAUCGUCAGAGCUUAUCCCAACACCUCCCCGCUGCUCAGCUCCAGCUGGGGUGGCCUGACCCACCUGUACACGGCCACAGCCAGGAACAGCUACCACCUGCAGAUCCACAAGGAUGGCCACGUGGAUGGCACACCCCAUCAGACCAUCUACAGUGCCCUGAUGAUCAGAUCAGAGGAUGCUGGCUUCGUGGUGAUAACAGGUGUGAUGAGCAGGAGAUACCUCUGUAUGGAUUUCAGAGGCAACAUUUUUGGAUCGCUCUCCUUCAGCCCCGACGGCUGCCGCUUCCGACAGCGCACGCUGGAAAACGGCUUCGACGUGUACCAGUCGCCGCAGCACCUCUUCCUGGUCAGCCUGGGCCGCGCCAAGAGGGCCUUCGUGCCCGGCGUGAACCCGCCGCCCUACUCCCAGUUCCUGUCGCGGAGGAACGAGGUCCCGCUGCUGCGCUUCCACACGCCCGCGCCGCGGCGCCACACCCGCAGCGCCGACGACGAGCUGCAGCGCGACCCGCUGAGCGUGCUGAAGCCCCGGCCGCGCAUGACCCCGGCCCCCGCGUCCUGCUCGCAGGAGCUCCCGAGCGCCGAGGACGACGGCCUGGCGGCCAGCGACCCUCUGGGAGUGGUCAGGGGCCACCGGGUGAACACGCACGCGGGGCGCACGGGCGCCGAGAGGUGCCGCCCCUUCCCCAGGUUUAUCUAG